AUGGGAAUGGACGCGCAUAUACGCAGAGGGCAUCCCAUCGUCUUUGGCAUGCUCAUCUUCUUUGGCAUUAUUGAGUUGGCGAUAUCGGCGUGGUUGACUUCGCGGUUCAACGCUCGCCAUGACUACUUCAGCUUGACGGAGCGCGACCGUGUACGAUACACCCUUUUUGCGUCGAUCUGGACUGUGGUGUUCUCGUUUUUGUACCUUGUACUUUUCAUGCACUCCGCCACCGGAUCAGUACUCACGAGCGUCGCGUCACACCUUAUUUUCCUGGCCUUAACGUGGGUGAUAUGGACUGCGGCGGCUGCGGCGGUCACGGAGAUGCUCGGAGGAGGGUUGAACUGCAGCAACACCACUGCAAACUAUUGUGGUCAGCUGAACGCGUUGGAGGGCUUCGCAUGGGUUGAAUGGGUGUUAGUGACACUCGCUAUCGUGGUCGUAUUGGCUCGCGGAAUUAGUGCAGCCCGUAGAGGAGACGGAUAUCGCGGUCCUUUGGUUGCUUAA